CAGACAGAGAGGGUGAGAGGUUCAGAACGGCUGAACGGCUACAGAACAGCGUCACACCGACACAUCCGUCGCUCAUUACGGUGAAAUACGCGAUAAAGGCCUGAAUCUGCCACAUAUACCGACAUACACAGAAGAAUAUUCGCGUCUCAUAUGCGCUGCUGUGUGUCACUGUCACGAUCAAACCCGUUAGGAGGACAAAACCAGCAAUUUAUUGCCGCGAUCGAGCGGGUGCACAAGAAGAAAACGAGGAAAAUCCAGAAAUAACGGCGGAUUGUGGAGCGACGUUACAUUUCAUUCAAAGGGUUUGGCCUCCCAACUGAACUGAAGAAAACCAUGGAAUCCUCUUCUUACAGCACCUGAAAGUGAAUAGCAUAAACAAGACAAGAUGGAAGAACCUUUUAAAGAUUCUGUAGCCAUAGACAUGGCAAACCCUCAGGAAGAGGUCUGUAACAAUGUUGCCACCAUGACUGAUCCAGUUGGGAAGCUGGAAAGCGAGACCACUCCAAUAAUACCAACCGAGACAUGGAAUGUCAGCUCUCCUACCAUCACAAAACAAUCCCUCUCACCACUGCUAACACUGCAAACCACUCCGGUGGUGACCCCUGCUGCUGAGUCUCCAAACGGUGUUGCCCUGAAAGUCGCAACAACUGUCCUUCAGCCAAUCUGCUUGGGCGAGAAUCCAGUGGUGCUGCCUAUCCUUGCUGGCCCAGCUGCCCCUCAAGUUGGACAAUCAGGAGCAACUUCAUAUCUGAUGACCAGCCAGGGUCCCAUGUCCCUGCCCCUAGUCCUGGAACAACAAGUCCUCCAACAUCUGAAUCCUCAAUUGCUUCAACAAACCCUUCCGAACAACAUCCUAUGCCAGAACCCAUCCCUUGCUCUCGGUCCACCUCCAGUUCUGGACCAGAAAGGUGCAAGUCCAGUGUUGGAUACUAGUCUAUUGACUCUCCUUCAGAACCCUAAUUUUGCUGCAAUCUUGCAGGAUCUCUUUCCCGGCCAAGGGAACUUUUCACCUACUUGUCACUCAGCGUCUUCCCCUCAAGUAGACCUCGCCUCUGCUUUCCUUCCUCCUCCCCCUCUCUCACACCCCUACAGCUCCCCACUAGCCCCUCUGGUGCCUCCAGCCACUCUGCUCAUCCCCUAUCCCAUUGUCAUCCCUCUUCCAGUGCCUCUUCCAAUCCCAGUGCCAAUCCCAGUACCUGUUUCUACAUGCUCAAAAGUAGAUGUAGACUCCCCUAAAUCGAAUUGUACUUGGAACAAAAGCACACAGACUACCCUUAGUGACAUUUCCCCUCACUUGACAUUACCUGGUAAGGAAAUGACAUUCGUCCAGUUGCCUCUUCCUUCUUCCUCAUCCCCUGUAGUGACAGAUGGGGAAGUGCUAGACUUAUCCAUUAGGGCGCCUCAACCGUCAAUGCAUGUUCAGAGUCCGCAAGGGGUCCAACCAUUUCAGCAAGAUAGUGUCCUUGAUUUGUCUGUGCCUAGUAUAAGAAAGACAUGCAUCCAGUCUCGUAGCACAUAUGGGCCGUUGGCCUAUGAACGGGAAAGAGCGUGCCGCAUAGGGGAUGACGUAAGCAGUGGAGCCUUAGCUCUAGGUGUUCUUCGGCCUGUAGACUGCACCCCUAAACUAGAUACCAAGCUGCUAAGUGGUCUAGCAUCUCUGGAGUUCAGUCGACAGCACAAAUGGGUGGUAGACAGUGGCCACAGUAGCGCAAUGGCUGGGGCAGUACACGAAUCUGCCCUUGGUGGAAGUGGCAAUAUUGAGAUAGUCAGCACGUCGCAGACUGCCAAAGUCAUUGUGUCGGUCAAAGAUGCUAUGCCUGCCAUUUUCUGCAGCAAGCUAAAGGGAUUGUCAGGGGUUUCUACAAAGAACUUCUCCAUCGAACGUGAUGCUGGUCAGGGUGCAUUCGCAGCUCUGCCCAGGGUCCAGGGUGACCAGCGAGGAGAAUCCAGUGACCCACUCAAAAAAAUCCCCAAAAACAGAGGCAUCAAAGUGAAGAAAGUGAGCUCCCAGGAGAUUCAUAUAUUACCUAUAAAAAAGCAACGACUGGCUGCAUUUCUUCCCCGAAAAUAGUAUUUACUCUUAACACACAGAGUGAGAAAGUGUAAUCAAAGACAUAAACAAAGAAAGAGCUACUGAGUUUGUGAUAGAAAGUGGACAUGGAGGUGCAGAGAGAACCAGGGAUUGCUGAUGCUAAAGGUAUUUCUGGCUGAAAUAAGGCUUAAGAUGUUCUCUAAGCUGUCCAAAUUAUUUAGAUCAAUGUAGGCUUCCUCUGGUCUGUUAGUUGGCAUUUGAUUAAUUCAUUAUAAAGCAAUCAUAAGAAGUAAACAGGAUAAAGAAUGCUCAGAAUGAAGCAAUCAGAAUUGGCCAAAAUGCACUAAUAAUCUUUAGCAUUUCCUGCAUUAAUGCCAGAACAAUUUCCUCAAAUAUGCAUUUUUAUUUUACCCACACAUCUUCAUGAAUUAUACAUAAUACUUAAUCUGCAUUGCCAUUAAUAUGCAUGAGCUCCGUUUUGAAUCCUGGCCAGCUGUCAGUGAUACAGCAGUCGUGGGGUCCUCACAUGAAACACAAUGUAUGGUACUGACAGAUUCUUGUCUUGCUCUUUGGUUUACACUCAGAACACAAGAAGGUUUUUUUUUUUUCUCCUCUAAAUGAACUGUACAAGGGAACUGCGACCUUUUACUCCCCUAAUCAAUGUAUUAAUCAUUGGGCCACUGGAGCGGAGUAUCCUUUUUGAAGAAACAGAGGGGUUAGCAUGGCAGCCCGAUAAUGAUUUGGCAAAGUGCAGACCUCACUUUCAUUAAGUCAGAUGAUUGGAGGAAAUGGUUGUCAGUAGCAACAAAGCGUAGUUUUCAUCAUCUUCCCUUUGGGGUGGAUGAUGUCUCCCCAGCCUGCUCUGUCUGUCUAAAUUAAAACGAAGUAAUCAACAGGGGGAUCGCCCUAAACAACAACAAAUCUGAGUUAAAUUGCUUAUUAGUGCUUUGUUAAGAUUGAGGGCUUGUCCGAAAGUCAUUCUUCAGGCUGUCGUCAGACAGUUUUGUGAAUAUACAGUGCUUAAGGUCUGUGCAAAUCACUUUCUUCAAAGUGUGUUGCCCUUAGCAAACUAAAUGUAAUCAGUAAACUAUUCAUUUUUUCUUUCUCCUUUCUUAAAGUAACACGAAAUCAAAAAUGACCCUAUGUACUUAAUAUACAUUCCUGAUCUUAUAGUGCAUGUUAUUCCAAAUAAAAAUGCUUGUCUUCGUAAUCCCCACCUCUUAAAUUACUUUCCUUUCCAGCUGAUUAGGUUGCCCAGGCAAUUUAAUAAUGUUAAAGGAAUAUUCCGGGUUCAGUUAGUAAAGUUAAGUUUAAUCGACAGGAUUUGUGGCAUAAUCUUGAUGACCACAAACAAUAAUCUUGACUCGUUCCUCCUUUAAAAAAAGCAAAAAUCGAGGUUACAGUGAGACACUUACAAUGGAAGUAAAUGGGGCCAAUUUUUUGGAGGGGAGGGGCUGAAAAAAGUAAAAGGGCCUGGUGAUGUCAUCGGAAAAGUAAAGUCGUUUCAGAUGCGGAGCAAGUUAUUACAUAACGAUAAAAGAUUACAAUCAUUUCACUUUAGAAUAACAUGCAAUGAUGUGCUGUGCACAUAAGGACCAGAAAUGUGUAUUAAUAAAGUAAAUAGGGUUCAUUUUAACUUAACGUUGACUUUAACACUAAAUACUUUUUAUGAGCUGCUGUGCAAUUUUACUCGUCUUCACGUCAGUACUAAAGUGUGUGUGUGUGUUAACUGUAAAGCCUUAAAUCAUUUUUCAGCAUGUGAUAUAGUCUCACUUUUCCCAAAUAUCCACUACAAACAAUUACCUUCGGCAUGAGUACCAGUUUCGAUUGUUUCUAUGAUGUGAAUUAAUUUAUGUGUCAGAGAACUCUUUUAUACGUACUGAAAUUUAAGUAUCAAUCAUUUUCUACCGUGAAUAACUUUUGUAAACAACUGAAUGGAUAAAAGAAGGCAAAAAAGGCUGGUCAUGAUUUAAAUUAUUUAUUUAUUACUUGUAUCAUUUAAAAUGUUGAAAAUGUGUAUGUGAAGAAUGCAUUGCCUUUAAAAAUGUCAUGAUUAAAAAUGUCUCUGGUAUCAA